UUCCAAAAGGAUCUGCUUGUUUCCACUCUCCGUCUCCCACUUCCCCAACUUCCAUUUUUUUCUUUUAUUAUAUUUCCUUUUUAUUUAUUUUUAACACACAACUCUAUAGACAGAGGUGGGAUACAAAAGGGAAAUUAGUGAAAAAAGAGGAAGAAAAUAAUUAAAGAUUUUGCCUUUCCUUUCUGCAAAUUUGACAGAGCGCUGUCGACCCUUUUCUUUUUUCUCUCUCUCUCUCUCUCUCUCUCUCUUUUUUUUUUUUUUUUCUUCCCUUAUUACAAACCCACUUUAUUGAUGGUGCUCUGUUUCUCCUUUUUCUUCUGCAACAAGAAGAACAGCUAAAACCCUUUUUUCAAUCCCAUUCUUUUGUUUUGUUCAAAUUCUCUGAAAAGGAAAAGCCAUGUCAGGUCUGUAUAAUCCCAACUUCUCACCAGCAAGAGCUGCUUCACCCCAGAUUAGAAGCACCCCAGAUGUUGACAGUCCGUACUUGUCAGAGCUGUUGGCAGAGCAUCAAAAGCUUGGACCUUUCAUGCAAGUCCUUCCGAUAUGUAGCCGACUGUUAAAUCAAGAGAUUUUACGGGUUUCUGGUAUGAUGUCCAACCAAGGUUUUGGUGACUUUGACAGGCUUCGGCAUAGAAGCCCCAGUCCCAUGGCUUCUUCGAACCUCAUUUCAAAUGUCACCGGGACAGGAUUUGGUAGCUGGAAUGGCCUUCCUCAGGAGAGAUUAAGUGGACCCCCUGGAAUGUCGAUGGACUGGCAAGGUGGUGCGCCCGCAAGCCCUAGCUCAUUCACUGUCAAGAGGAUUUUGCGUUUGGAAAUUCCAGUUGAUACUUACCCAAAUUUCAAUUUUGUUGGGCGGCUUCUGGGCCCUAGAGGCAAUUCACUGAAACGGGUGGAAGCUACAACAGGCUGCCGUGUAUAUAUUAGAGGGAAAGGGUCAAUAAAGGAUCCAGACAAGGUGGAAGAAAAGCUUAGGGGAAGGCCAGGCUAUGAGCACCUGAAUGAACCACUCCACAUCUUGAUUGAGGCUGAUUUACCUGCCAGUGUUGUUGAUAUGAGGUUGAGACAGGCGCAGGAAAUUAUUGAAGAAUUGCUCAAACCUGUGGACGAGUCCCAGGAUUAUAUUAAGAGGCAGCAGUUGCGUGAAUUAGCCAUGCUAAAUUCAAAUUUCAGAGAAGAGAGUCCUGGGCCAAGUGGCAGUAUCUCUCCUUUCAAUUCGAGUGGCAUGAAGCGUGCAAAAACUGGACGCUGAGAGCCCGUAUCAUUCAUGCCUGGUCUCAAAUGUUUUCUACUCUGCUCCAGAAAUUCUGGCUGAAAAUACCUUGCUCUAUGUGUCACUCCAGCACAGCUACAAGAGAAUAGGCUAACAAUCCCCGGUGGUGAGCUUUAUGAUGGGAUUUUUUUUGUUUUUGUUUUUUUGUACUUCUUUUUGAACAGAAAGACAAAAAGAAAAAAAAAAAAUUAAACCAAAAAGAACAAAAAAAGAAGAAGAAGAAGAUGAUUUAUAUAGUUGAGUUUAGGUUUGUUGAGGUCAGUUUUCCUUGUAAACUUGAUAUAUUCAUUGGAUUUAUUCUUGUGCUAGUGACUUUUGAGAAGUGUGGAAUAUAUAUUUAAAUGGUAAAAGUAUUAGGUCUUAAGACAA